GAGUUGACACCUUGUCUAAGUUGUGUCCAUGAUCUUGGAUGGUAGUAUACAUGACUUAAUUUGUGUCGUUAUGAUAUAAGGGUACGAAAUAUAUCUGUGAUAUCUCAAACGAGUUCUCGUCAUUGUUAGCGCAAGACAAGAUUUGACCCUACCAGUGAGGAUGUAGGAUUCCUGGUAAAAGAUGCAUUAAGUAGUUUCUUUUUGAAUGGGAAUGUUCAUGGAUUUCUGGUCCCAUCCUAACUGAAAUUUGUAUCUUGAAUUGUUGGAACAAAAAAGUUUGAUUUGAAUUUAGAGGUUCUAUGAAAGGAGGAAGUCAUGUGAAUCGUCUGCUGAUGUUAUUUUAAUGGAUUUCAAGUGUUCAUGACAUCCUAACAUAUCAAUUGUGACACUUGUUGAUAUGCCUGAUUUAUUAAGGCCUGCUUGUGUUUGAUAUGUCAUCAAAAUCAGUUGAGUUCUCACAGGUUCAUCAAAAUAACAAUCGCUUCUGGAAGGCUUGGGCUCUCUGAAUCGUAGUUUGAUGCGAUUGUGGUAUACAGUGUUGCAUGAAUGUUGCGAGCGACAGGCAGGGCAACUUAUGGACACUACUGUAAUUAAACCAUUACUGUAACUUCAUAUGUAGAUUCAUGAGGUGAAAUCCUCCAGAAGAUGUAGGCGGCAAGAAAAGGGUUAAAUUCAUUUCCUUCUCGUCUCCAAGAGAUAUUUAUUAUGGGAUUACUCGAGCAAUAUAACUAUUGGAUAGAUUUUAUUCACCAUAAUUGGAUUAUUUUGUGAUGUGCCCAGAAAGCCGAUUUUUGGAGGUUUGAAACAGGUGCAGAGUACUCAUGAUGAAGCCGAGGAAACUCAGUACGGGCCGAAGAAAACAGAAAAUGGACAGCCAAUUAUUUUGUGAGGCGCACCUCCCACCACCAUCCCCUGAUGAGACAGACGGAGAAAAGCACGGUGAUCUCUUUGAGAUGCUGGAGAAGAUCCAGAGCUCACGUCUUGAUGACCAGAGGUGUGACAUGAAAGUGUUCUUCCAGGAUCCUCCAGUGCCGGCGAGUUCGGGGGCAGACUUCCUUGAUGCCCUGGCGAAAUUCCAAGGUCGUAGACUCGAGGACCAACGAUGUGAAAUGCCAAGUCCUAAGGCCAAGGCCACUGCCAAAAAACCUGAAUUAAACUUAGCUGAAGAGAUUUUGAAAAAAGAGGGACCUUAUCCCAUGGUAGCAGUGCCCCCUGGUGGUGGUUACUGGUUAGAUGGUGCUGAUCACGUAUGUGAGACGGACGAUGAGGGUAAUCCCGUCGCGGCCGCCGGUAAUGACAAUAGUGCUCAAAAAGCUAAACUUGAAAUAGACGAAACUGCCAAAUGUUACCGACGAUACUUCCUGGGAAAGGAGCAUUUUAACUUCUAUGGUAUGGAUGAAACUCUGGGUCCGUUGGUGAUGUCGGUGAAAUAUGAGACGAUAUCAUCACAAGACCAUAUUAGGAUAAUACUAAGAACUAAAGCGCGCACGAUUCACGAGAUCGUGAAAUCAAGUAGCCUUGGAGAUUUACCGACCCCGGGGCGAAUGGCUAAAUUGAUCUGUGAUGACGUCAUGACUGAGAAAUUUCACCCGGUGCUCUUUUCAAAGGGCUCUGACAUUGUCGUGAAAUACGACGAACACGUGUUGAUUAACACAUUCAAGUUUGGAAUCAUUUAUCAAAAGUUCCAGCAGACGCGAGAGGAGGACAUCUUUGCCAACGUCGGCCAUAGUGACUCAAUGGAAGAGUUCCUGGACCUUUUGGGAGAUAGGGUCUCACUCAAAGAUUUCAAAGGGUUCCGUGGUGGACUGGACACACAGCAUGGACAAACAGGUGCCGAGUCAGUCUAUACAGUUUUCAAAGAGCGGGAAAUCAUGUUCCACGUCUCAACGCUAUUACCGUUCACUGAUGGGGACCCACAACAGCUACAGCGGAAGAGACAUAUCGGUAACGACAUAAUCGCCAUAGUUUUCCAAGAAGAGAACACCCCCUUUGUGCCAGACGUGAUUGCCUCGCAUUUCCUCCACACCUACAUCAUCGUGCAACCUGUCACAUUCCCAUCGGGUUGCACCAUGUACAAGGUGGCAGUGGCCGCCAGAGACGACGUGCCAUUCUUCGGGCCGACGUUGCCCAAUCCUGCUUUAUUCAAAAAGGGUGCUGAUUUCAGAGAGUUCCUGCUCACCAAAGCCAUAAAUGCUGAGAACGCAUGUUACAAGUCGGAACGAUUCUCAAAACUCGGGGGACGAACGCGGGCUGCGCUGUUAGAAACCUUACACGAAGAUCUGCAGAGGAAAAACCUACAGAUGUUUGGGAUAUCGCCAUCAUCGUUGGAUUUAAAACCUGAAAGUAGCGGCUUCAUGGACUUAUUGAAACGGUCGUUAGGAAGUCGGAGCCGGGGACAGACAUUUGAUCAAGGGGGCGCCACACCCAAGAGGACUAAUGGCAUGAUUUCUCCAAUCAACCCUCUUCCGACGCUAGGAGAGGACGAACGUACACCAACACCGGUUAAAAAGCAUCACCGAGGGAAACACAUGUUGAAACAACAUACGACUAGUUCAGAGAAAAAAGAGGCAGCUGAACGAAAGAUGCUUGCAGAUAGCCAGAGCUCAGGGAGUAUCACUCACUCGUCAUCGUAUAAGACGGUGAAUAGUCCACCACCUAGUCCCGAGUCUAGUCCAGAUAGCACCAAUGGCAAGAAAAGAAUAUGCCAACAAGGCUCAGCCAAUCAGAGCUCACCUUCCAACUCGCGGAGUAGCAGUUUUAACAGCCUGGACGACUGUGGCGUCGAAGUUUAUGUCAAUCAGAAUACUCAAGAACACAAUGAAGAUUCAGACACGGGCAUGGAAAGCAUGUCUUCGGCUGAGACGCCCAGCACGAAUAAGUUGAUCUCACUCUCCAAUAGCUUUAGUGAAGAUGUCGGGUGUAUACUCAUGACAGACCAAGAAGAAGCAACAUCACGGCAGCUGGACACAUAUAAGUUGGAAAUCAACAAACUCAAAAGUGAAAAACUCGAAUUAUUAAAACAGAAUUUGGCAAGUCAAAAAGACAUCAAGCGACUUAAAGAUCGAGAGGUAAAACUUGUGGGAGAAUUACAAAAUUCCUCGCGAGAAAUUCAGCGAUUGCGGAUUGCUAUGAUUGAAAUUACACCGGAGUACUCAGUAUAGCUGACACGUGAACAUUGACUUGUACAGGGAGUGUCACGUGAACAGUGACAUCACGUGUGUGCCAAAGUUUGAUGUGAUCAGUUAUGACAAUAUCAGCCACUCAGUAUAGCUGAGAUGUGGACAGUGGACAGUUGGUAUGAAGAGUGCUAUCGUUCAACUAGGGAAUUUGAAAGCUGCGACUGUUACGUGGACAGUGACAUCACGUGUGUGCCAAAGUUUGACAUGAUGAUCCGCAAUGACAUCAGCCACUACCCAGUAUAGCUGAGAUGUGGACAGUUGGUGUGAACAGUGGUUUUGUACAGGGAUUUGAAAGCAGUGAGUGUUACCUGAGCAGUGACACAGAACAGGAUCGGCUGAUGUGUAACAAUAAGGGCAUGAGCUGUUAUAAUGAGAAGAGUGACUACUGGCUAAAGUUUGGGCUUGAGCUGUUAAAGUGAACAGGCAAAUCUGCUGUGUCACGUGGACAAGAGCUGUUAGUGAAGAGUGACUAAGUCAUGAGGGUUGGAGCUGUAAACAGUGACUACGUUGUUGGGUUGGGUAUGCAUGAACAGUGACUAUGUCAGUAUGAGUAUAGAGACUAGGUAAAAGCAGAAGCUGUUAUGUUAACAGGAAAUAGUCACAUGGCCCGUGGAGCUGUUAUAUACACAUGUAAACAGGUUAGAACUGCUGAUGUGAACAGUGACUAUAUGUCACAAGCAUUGAGCUGUUACGUGAACAUGACUACAUAACAGGGGCUGAAGCUGUAUAUGAAUGUAGAUGAAUAGUGACACAAUUAAGAUGAGGUUGUGAACAAGAAAGAGUGGUGCCAUCUAGAAGAAUUAAACGGCAUGCAUUAUUCCUUUGAAUUCAACCAAAGUGACCCAAACUUGUGAUAAUUAUCUAUGUGAACUGUAAAUAUGUGACCAUAUGUGAGCUGUAUACCCAAAGGCCUGUCAGCAUGUUUACAUGGGCAGUGAAUGUAAUUUGAAAAUGUGAUAUCGGUCUUUGUUAUAAGCUGAACAGCUAGUGGACGACUAGUCAAGCUUUAACCGUGAACGUGAUUAUGAACAUAUGAACAGUCGUGAAGACCAUUAAUCAUUAAAUGAAGUUAUGUUACAAAAUGAUACAAUGUCCUUUCACAGUAAACAUUUCCUAAAAAGAGUAGAAGCUGGAACCCUAUUUUACAUCAGGCUUACGUUCUGUAGACGUUCAUUUUUUGAAUACACGCAAUACUUCUUUAGUGGUGUUGAAGGAAAAAUAUCAUAGGCUGGUUGUCAGGAGAACAUUGUAUUAACACUCAGUUGGUAUCAUUCUGUUCUGUGCCAUUCAUUAACACUUGGAUGUUCCAUCAAAACGUUUUUUUGGGGGGGCAAGGCUCUUGUUUUCAUGUCAAGAGUCGGCUAUCAAGGAGAUUAUUGACCCCUCGACCUGUGGAGCCUUUUGUCCUCCUAGGAAUUUCAACUCAAAUAGUACCAGUAGUUAAUUUCGUCACUGAAUCAUUUUGUAAUAAGGCUUGUCGUUAUAAACAUGUGAACAGUGCUGUGAUGUGAACCACAUAUACCCCGUCAGCCUCCUAGUACCGGUGCUGCUUCGUUAACCCUUCAAGAGCUAAAUUUGGAUGAACAGAUAAACACAAAUCUUUUUCUUUACUUUAAUUAAUUCGCAUGUGUCAAUUGGAAAUUUGGCCCCUAUUAGGCAAAAAACAACUUCAAUCUCCCUCUACAAUCCAAAUUACAAUCGACAACCCUUAAUUCGCAUCAUUGGCACGUACUUUGCACGUAAUUGACGUGAAAGCAGGUUAGGAAGGAUAUGUCCAUUCUGACUUGGACUGUAUAUGCACUAUAGACUGAAGUAGUAACCUAGUAACUCCACCUGGUGCAUUAGUCAAGUUUCGUAAAAAUUUUGGAAUUUGGUUUUUGCUAAACUCAAGAUUUUUGGUCGAGGGAAAAAUAUUUUGAGAUGAAUUUUGAACUCUUGAAGGGUUGAUCUGCAAUAUGUUGAUAUAAACUUUGCCUGUGCUUUGAUCAUGUACAUGUUUGUCUUCACUAAAGUUGUGUUCAUUUACAUGUAUGGAGGAGCAUUAACUCUUUAUCCUGCCAUAAAGAUUAAUCCAAGCAUUGCACAAUUUCACUCGCAGAUGAUCGAUCGUUUUAUUUCUCGUCACAGCAUUAAAACUUGUGCAGUGGUAUAGUUUAUAAGUUGGACAUCAAUCGGGACCAGUUCGUUCUGGUUUCGAAUCGAUUACAAGUAAAUUAUGUAAAAGGUCGAAGUGAAUAAUUCUAGAUUCUACUGACCCUAACUUCAACUAAAACACUCGUUGAUGCUAAACAGUGACCCUUGAAGAAGUGCUUUGGAUGAAGGAUUAUUGCUCGGUGCUACAUGCAUGUAUAUAUAUAUUUUAUAUAUAAAAAGAAAGUUUUGACCAUUAUGUAAAGAUCUAGUCAUUAAUGAUUAUUAAUGAGAUGUGCUUCUAUUGUAUGGUAUUUAAUAUCAAUAUUUACUUUCAUACCGAGGAAGCAGACGUCACAGAGAGGAAAAUAAAGAAAAAUUCCUUUACAUGAUUGGAGCAACAGAAAGUAAGGGUUUUUGGUUCCCAAAAUCAGGUCGCUAAAAGAAAUGUAUAUCAGAUAGUCAUUAUUCUCUAUGUGCAAGACAUUCAACUCAAUAACCAGAGUAAAUGCAUUUAAAAUGUGCCAUUUGUACAUAGCAAAUGUUUGUAAAAGCUUUUGGGUUUGCUAAUGUUAUGGAUACACAUUCAUGUCAAGUUUAUAUUUUGUGGCAAGCCAGCUUUUCCAGUCUACCUAGUUUUUGGUGGGAGAGGUCGUAGAAAAUGUUGAUAUCAUGAUGACAGUCCGAGUGAACUCGCCAUCACAAGAUCACUUUAAAUGAAGGUGAGUCAGAGUUCACCAUCAUUUAAAGUGAUCUUACCCCGGGCUUCUAUUUGUGAGGUUGUCCUCACAGUACCAGUUUAGGCCAACGGAAUCCUGCAUGGGUCUGGGUAGUAAUAAUGUGUUGUCCUGAGGAAAACAUGUUUGUCUGUAAGAUAUGUCAUUGUACAGUUCAAUCCAACGUUCUCUCUGUGCAAAUAUAUAUUUUUUUCAAAACUGCGUGUUAUGUGGUUAUAGGCCUGGAUGAAGCCUGUCUUGUGUAUCUUUAUAUAUGUCUCUAUAGUUUUGAAAGUACAACAAAUCAUUAGUGGCUGCUUUUCAAGUUGAUGGCGCAGUUAUUAGCACGUGAAAAUAGAGAUAAAAAUGAAAUGAUUGUAUAGUCUUUUUGGUCAGUCAAUUUAGGCUGAAAUUAGACAAUUUCCCCAAUAAAACUUGUCAAAAUUGCCUAUAUCUCAAUUUAGGAUUGUAUCAUACACAUUGUAUUUGAAAUUGGGCCCUGAGUAUUUUUUCUUGAGAGAUAAAUCCACUGGUGCUAUAUUUAUUUUAAGUGAUCAGGAUAAUUUCAUUGUUAUUGGGUGACUGUCAUUCGUGCAUAUUAAUUGGUAUGUGCACUCUGCGUUGUAAUUAAGGUUGGGUCAAUAUGUAGUCAAAGGUUCGGAUGGCGAUCGUCCUUUGAGGACUUUGAAUCAGUGCUGCGGCAGAUAUUUCCAGUAUGUUCAGUUAAACAGAGGAUCUGCAGGAAAGACUAGUCCAAAAUAAACUUUCUAUUCCACU